AGUUUCGAAUGUUAAUUUAACAUUGUGCAUGAGUUCAGUCACUGGCCUCACGGACUUAAUUGAGGACGAAAUUAUUCCCAAGCCCAUUCCAGUUGAGAUUAGUCUCGGUCCUGGAUUUCCCAAGGAAAGAGACAUCGUUCUCGAAAUAGAAAUAAUAAAUAUUCAGAGGGCAAAGGAAAUGAAAAUUCCCGAAGCAGAAAGUUAAAUUUCGUCAAGUAAGGCUUCGAUAAUAUCGAGAAUGGCAAAAAUGGGACAAUCUAUUCUUCCAAAAACUUCCAUAUCGACGACUACCGAUUCAGAUGACACUGAGGAUGAGAUAAAAAAAGAACGAACAAUACGACACAGAAAGGGAGAAUUGCCAGAGACAAGUCCAUCGAAAAAGCAAUUUCAAUCUAGUCACGAAAUUACAGAAACUGGUAAUCUUCACAAAGUUAUUAAAUCAAAAGUGACUUCAUCGGUUCCUAAUGUACAAUCGUCAUUGUAUCCAGUCGUUUACACUCCACAAUGGUCACCAACUCAAGUGCAGUCACAAUAUAUGACGUUUGACGGUCAAACUUUUCCCAUGGCACAACAAUUCGUCACUCAAACAAUGCCUGGAACAUUAGAUCCAAGUUUAAAUAUAUUUUUAACUGAGUCAAGAACACAAAAUGCCGAGAUUCGAAUGGGAAUGUCAAAAAUAUCCGACAAUAUUCAACGAUUAUUGGAUAAAUUUCACGUCUUGGAACUUCAAAACGCUUCGUCACCGAGCAAUGAUAAAACAAUGGAGAACACGUUGAAAAUGAUUCUCUCAUUGAAUUCACCAGAAACGAAAAAUAAUUCAAUUAUUACUUCUGGUAAACUUGAGGAAAGUAAUAAAAGUCAAUUGAAUCAAUUGCAAGAGAAUAUUUUAACCAAAGAAGAGGAACUGAAAAUGAUAAGAGAAAUAUCAAAUAAUGCCAACCAGGAAAUAACGAAACUGAAAGAAGAAAAAAAUAGUUUAGAUCAAGUGAAUCUGGAACUAAAGGAGAAAAUAUUAAGUUUAGAAACGAAUCUAUCAACGAAGAAACAAGAGUUCGAUAAUUUAAAUACACUUCAUGAAGCUGCCAGGGAAAAUUUGAAUGAUUCUCAAAAGAGAAAUUCCAAUCUAGAGAGGGAAAUUUUACAACUUCAAUCUAAUUGCAAAUCUUUAGAAAUUGCUGCAAGUACAAAUCAAAUGAAAUCCACUUCUAAAAGUGAUAAAAAUAAAGAAGUGAAAUUGAUCAUGAAUAAUACGUACCACACAUUACUGUCAAAAUUCAUAGAAGACAAUUAUUCAACUAGUUUUAUAAAAGAAACGAUUGCUAACACGUUGAGGGACAUAACUUUAAAAGUACUGAAUAGCGAUGAAUGUGAGGAAGAAUCGAGUGAUAAAAAGAAAAUGCAUGAGAAAAAUAGUCAAUUACAGGAAACAGAGAGAUUAUCAUCAUCAUCAUCAUCUUUAAAAGAAGACAACGAAGACACGAAAAACGAUUUCAAAUUAAAUUCCGAGACGAAUUUGAAUAAUUUUAUUCAGAUUUCUAUAUUGUAGAUUGCUCCGGAAUUUGAAAAUGUACCACCGCCAAUUCCACCACUGGAUUCUAGUAAUGAAGCCGAUUUGAGCGAUUUUUAACGUUGAUAUAUGAGAAAAUCGAGAAAAAAAUUAAUAAAAGAAGCUUUAUAUGUGAUUUGUAUAAUUGAAUAAUAAACAAAAUGUUUAUAUUCUUCUAAA